GUAGAUCCAGGCACCAAAAAAAUUAUCGCGGAGGCCCCCUGAAUGAGUGAGUGAAUGUUCGGAGGCUCAGAGGCAUGCCGGUCAUCCCUGUCAGAGCCAGAAGAGGUGACUCGAUCUAGCUGUGAGCGAGGAAUAAUGGGAUUGGCGAGCCCAGAGAGAGAAAAAUUGGGCCUUAUAAUCGAGUGAAAUUAACCUUGAAUAUAUGGACAUGUACACUGUAAGCAAGGAAAUACACGAGACAGCUUCCCACAGAUAGAUUAGAUUACGUCCUUGAAGGAGCAUUCGACAAAGAAGAUGUUGGGCAAGUUUCUUUUCGUCAGUGGAGCGUCCGGGGUGAUGUUGCGCCAGCCCUUCGGCGAUAAGAACAGUGACUAUGUCGAUGACACCGCGACCCGCAAUGCCAUGUACUCUUCAGGAUUUUCUACACCUGGUGAAUGGAAUCAAUAUUAGUGAGUACGCCUACUUUCCCUGUGUGCUCGUUUCGGAUUAAUCAGUACCUGAAUUACUUCGCUGAUCCUCUUGUAAAACGCGGUCUAGUCCAUUCAUCAAUAUAGUGACUGCCCUUACUUUCUGUAGCACAUCAUGAACUGAACUACCUGUGAUGAUGAAGAUGAAGGAAAUCAAAUGAUACAUGUUUAUGGAAGAGAGUACUUGAAUUUUUUUUCCAGUUGUCAGGGCUACACUAGAAUUUGUAAUGGAGAGCACUUCUUGAAACUAAAACACGAAAAUGAAAUUUAGGUUCGACUGCUCAGGAGGUGUGAAGGACGCCGUGGGAAAAACAGGUGGCAGCAAUAGCGAGGCAACACGUGUUUUGCAAGCAAAGGCCGCAGCGAUUGCUGCGUCGGACGAUUCGCAGACGCUUGCCAGCUUUACAGAUUCCGUGAAGACUGUCAAUAAGUACUCUGUCUUCCAUUUUGCGUCUCUAAGUCUAAUAUGUCAGCACACUACGAUAUUGUCCAUGUGAACUUGAUUGAUUUUGAUUUUCUUUUUGUCUACGUGCCCUCGUCUUUUUUCGAGAACCCUCUACAUGCCGGUACUAGUCAAUAACCUACUGGAAAUAUCAACCCAAAAACGCGAAUUCUUGCUAACCGUAGCUAACAAUCGUGUACCCUUACAGGUUCAAGCGCCACGCAGCCCAGGAUGCGGAAGGAGACGCAACCGCGCCGGCCAAAAGUAAUAUGGACGCAGGCGCGCCAUACGCACACCGCAAGAAUUUUCAUGGUCCGGACACGGAUGUUCAAGCCGCCAAUGAUUCUACCAAGGCUGCCCUGGAAAAGGCCGUGUCGAUUCGCCAAAACUACUUUGGUGAGCAAUUCUACCGCGGCUUGUAAAUAAGGAGUAUCGUUGUAGGUAGCGAGGCGCUACUAGUAUCUUGACAACUGUCCAGUGCUUGAUGCUUCAUCUUGAUUCUUGAAGCGGUGAUGCGUGCUCGUGGACAAGUGGGGGAGAAGAGUAAAUUUCAUAUAUUUUUCAACAAAGCGAAGCAAAUAGGGACCGUAAAGAUAUUGAAAUGUUCUAGGCGUCGUUGUGAGUAGUUUGUGAGUUUUUUCCACAGUGGAAGUUUAUUUUCGUUUCGAUCCUUACCUUCUAUCAGUUUGAAAAGAAACGGGCUUUUUUUCUUUGCUCCUCCCAUCUAUUGCAUUUCAUCUCUCUCAUCUCGUGUGUUGUGUGGAAGCUCCAAGAAAGGACUUGGUAUCUUUUGUGACACGUUGCAGUUGUUUUGUUUAUUUUUUCCUUUGUGGCUGUGGCUCGAUGUGACCGACGUUGCGGAUUUCUAAAUGAAUCUUUCAUUGGCUGCCAAAUAUGCGGUGAAGUAUAUGCGAUUGCUCGAGUAUAACUAAUAUCUGUGCUGGGUGAAUGCAAUAGAGAAUGAAAGAAUGACAUUCGUUCGAUACAGAAUGAAUGGCAUCCGCGAGAGGAGAAAUCAAGAUCCGACCAAAAUGGUACUCGAGCAGGCGCGACAUUUGUGUUUGAAUGAGAAGACACGUAUCUCAAAUCGUGCGACGGGGAUGCAGUGACGUGA